AUGAGUAUAUAGUUACGAAUAAUAAACAUACUUUUACAUGUAAACAGUCACGGUCUCUGUAUACCAAUUCACCUGCAGGAGUACAACCCCGCAUCGCCACCAAAAUGCAUCACAACACCAUCAUUCGGACAUCUCUACACUCUCGUCACUGUUAUAGAUUCCGUCUGUCUACCCUUUUAAUCCUUGCUAUAUAUAAAAUAAACUCCCAUAUAAACCAUAAAACUGCCCCUGAUGCAGGUCAACACCACCGAACCGGCCUCCCUCCCCAUCCUUGGGCCUCAACCCAACCAAAAACAACAGAAGAAACCAGCAUCGCAGCUACGCUUCAUCCGUCCAGCACAGAUGAGUCUUUUUGCUCGAGUAUCUUGUUUCCCACCGCUGGGACAGGUAACGUGUCCGCAGAGGAUCCAGAAGGCUUUGGAGUUGGAGAAGGAUGAUACACUCCGAUUCACCGUUGUAAUCGAAUCAAGCAUUUCAUUUCCGGAACAACCAUGGGAGGCUGAGGUUUGGCAUAACAUCACCACAACCCCUGCUACCAGCACCACCACAGCCUACAGCAGCAACAAUUCCAGCAGCGCCCCAGAAUGGAAAUCCCUCCCUCUCCGCAAAGCCCCCACAACCAGUGCCCCAAUGCUGAACGCCCCAAAAGGAGAAUACAACUUCUACCGCUCCGUCUUCACAGAGGAAAUCACCCUACCCAAUCAGGGCGGCUACGCGCAGUUCACAGUCAAGUACCGCUCCGGCCCCAAUGCCCCCUGGCAAUGGGCCAAUCAGCAAAAGCCGGAGGAAGUUAGGCAUGGGGAGUUGGUGUUUGCCCCGAGGGAUCAGAGUGCGCUUGCUACUGCUAAUACUGCUGCUGCGGGUGGUGCUAGUGGUGCUGGUGGUGGGGGUACGUCGGGGACGCAGUCUACUCCGUCCUGGUACUCAGCGCCGACACCGUCGUACACGACAUCGCAGUCAUACUCGACACCAUCAUCAUCGUCAUCCGGAGGUAGAAGCGAAUUGGGGAAGUACUUCGAGAAUCUUUCGUCAGAGGUCGAGGUUGAGUCGCGUGUGAGCGAAGCUGUUAACUCGGUGCUGUGGCAGGUAUCUGGGAGUGUGCCUCCGGCUGCAGAUACAGAGUCUACGAUCAAGGAAGCGAUUCUUGGUGUGCCGUCUUCUGUUGUGCGGAAUUUCUCGCUGGUGCGGAUAUGGACGCCGUGGUUGGGGCCGAGACAUGGGAGGAAGACGUUCCAGUUGACAGAAGAUGCGGUUUUGUGUUCGUUUUUGCGGACAGAUGGGACGCAUCUUGUCCUUCUGGGUGUGUCUGGUGUUGAUCAUAUAUUGACGCUGUUUCGGUCCGGUGAGAAGGGGGAAGUUAUUAUCAAGGCUCAGAGUGACAACACGGAAACGACCAAGUUUAAGGUUCUGGCUGCUGUUGCUUAUGAUUUUGAAGUUGCUAUGGGUGCUGUGAUAUAUGAAGCACGAAAGCUAGUCCAGGUCGCUAGCCAGGAGAAAGAGGGCGAGGAGAAAAAGGACGAGAAGGGCGAAGAAAAGCUAGAGGAGAAAGAACGUCCUUCAAGCGCGGCAUCGCCCACCGGAGACGAUCUUGUCAUGGUUGAAAAAGACCCCAAAGUGCAGUGGCUAACGGAGUGGUACGACGGCUUGACAUACUGUACUUGGAAUGGCCUGGGCCAGAACUUGACAGAGGAAAAGAUCCUGCAUGCCCUAGACGCGCUGAAUGCCCACGGCAUUAAGAUCGUCAACCUCAUCAUCGAUGAUAACUGGCAAGCCCUGGACAACGAAGGCGACUCGCAGUUUAAAAGGCGUUGGACACAGUUCGAGGGCAACCCUCGCGCAUUCCCAGAAGGACUGAGACAAACCGUCCAAGCCAUUCGACAGCGUCAACCAAGCAUCGAGCACAUCGCCGUCUGGCAUGCACUUUUCGGAUACUGGGGCGGUAUCUCCCCUAAUGGCGACCUCGCCCAGCGCUUCAGGACAAAAGAAGUCAAAAUCAAAGACCCAGCUGCCGGAGCACCACUACCCCACGCCUUCGAUAACGGCAUCAUGCUCGCCAUCGAACCAGAAGACAUCCAAACCUUCUACGACGAGUUCUACUCCUACUUAACCUCCGUCGGAAUUGACUCCGUCAAAACAGACGCCCAAUUCUUCCUAGACCUACUGGCAACUCCCGAAGACCGCCGCCGCUUCAUCCCCUCUUACCAAGACGCCUGGUCCAUCGCAUCCCUGAAACAUUUCAGCACAAGAUCCAUCUCCUGCAUGUCAACCUUUCCCCAGGCAAUAUUUCACUCUCAACUCCCCACAAGUAAACCUGCCAUUCCUCUCCGCAACUCAGACGACUUCUUCCCAGCAAUCAAGACCUCACACCCAUGGCACGUUUUCUGUAACGCCCAUAACACCCUCCUCACCCGCUUCCUCAACGUCCUCCCAGACUGGGACAUGUUCCAAACCUCUCACCCCUACGCCUCCUUCCACGCCGCCGCGCGCUGCGUCUCCGGCGGCCCUAUCUACAUCACUGAUGAACCAGGCAAACACGACCUCGCCGUCCUCAACCAAAUGACCGCCCCAACAACCCACGGCACAACAGUCAUUCUCCGCCCCAGCAUCGUCGGCCGCGCAAUGAACAUGUACCAUGACUACAACGAAGGUCAUGUCCUCUCCGUAGGCACAUAUACAGGAGCAGCACGCACGGGAAGCGGUAUCCUUGGCCUGUUCAACAUGCAAGACUCGGAAUCAUGCAAACUCGUCUGUCUUAGAGAUUUCCCGGGUAUCCACGAGGAUUCUAACGGGCGGUACGUCGUCCGCGCGCAUACCAGCGGCCGCGUCAGCAACCCCAUGCACCCCGCCGAUGAAAACUCCCUCGUCAUGGCCGAACUAGGCCAGAAGGGCUGGGAAAUUCUGACAGCCUACCCCACACACUCCUUCACACUACGUGGAAGUCGCGGCUGCGGCUCCGGCACGACUAACCUCACGCACGUCGCUGUCCUAGGCUUACUCGGUAAAAUGACUGGCGCAGCGGCGAUAGUCAGCUACGAUGUGUUUAUCGUGGAGAACGGACGGUUGCGAUUCGACAUUGCGCUGAAGGCGCUGGGGACGUUGGGGAUUUAUUUCUCAGAUUUGGAGGAUCAUAGUAUUGCGCGGAACUUUAUGGUGAUGAUUUCUGGGAGGGCGGUGCCGAGGAGGACCGUUUGGAAGGAAGGGGGUGAGGGGAGUAGGGUUUUGGCGGUUGAUGUGCUGAGUGCGUGGAGGGGGAUGGGGUUGGAUAGCGGGUGGGGUAAUGAGGCUGUUGUGCAGGUUUAUGUUGGUUGAUUACUUUAUUUAUAGACUAUAGUAGACUGAAGGCAUAUUAGAUCAUUUAUCAUAAAAUAGUUCAUUAUUCUAACACAGCUCUCCAUCCCCG